AUGCACGUACACCACCUCACUGGCGGCGGAAACCUGGACUUUGAGUCGACUGGCGAGAGUCUCGCUCAAUCAAAUUGUACCAAUUCAAUUGUGACCCUGGACAAGUCAGCUUACUGGGCUCCAUGGAUGUAUUUCCAGCAUGAGAACGGUACUGUUGUGCCUGUCAACUUGGCACUCGGUCUUACAGCAUAUUACAAAUUCGAGAAGCGCCUAAACACUGGUGGUGAGGUCGAAUACAGUGUGUUCCCCAAAGGAUUGAAGAUGCUUAGUGGUAACACCGCUAAACGCACCUGGACUGGUCCAUGGCCUCCACCAGCCGAAUCCUUCUGGGGUCCUGAAGACACAACACAAGACGCACUACAAGAGAAGGCUCUCGGAUUCAAUUGUAUGAACUAUGAGCCUGGGAAGAAUGAGCCAAGCUUUGCCAACCCCUACAUGCGGAGCAAGAGCUUUUUGGACGCGAAUUGCAAACAGGGUGUACGCGCUGAGAUAAUCUUCCCUUCUUGCUGGGAUGGCAAAAACCUUGACUCGGAUGACCACAAGAGUCACGUCGCAUUCCCUUCUCUUCUUCAGGACGGAACUUGUCCAAAGACUCACCCGAUCUACCUCCCUAUCCUUUUCUACGAGACAAUCUGGAACACACAAGAGUUUGCAGGCGUUCCAGGACAAUUCGUCUUUUCCAACGGCGAUCCAACAGGUUAUGGAUACCACGCCGAUUUCAUUGCAGCUUGGGACGAUGGAAUUCAAGAGGAGGUGCAACAGAACACACAGUGCACAAGUUUACUGUCAGAUGGUCAGGUUGAAUCCUGCCCAGUCUUCGCUGGCCAUAUCCAGACCAAGGAAGAAGCUCGUCAAUGUGUGUUAAACCUUCCGGAGUCUCUCGUCGACGAACAGACGGACGGAUUCUUGGAUAGAUUGCCUGGCAACGUCAAGAUUACCGGUGUACAACAUCUUCCAGGCGAACAGCUUGCUGCCGAUGACGACUAUGCACCAACCUCGAGCAUCCCAGAAUCGAGAUCAUCUGCUGCGGCAACCAACAGUGCUGAAACAGCUCCAGGAUACUACUCUAGUGCGGUCAGUGUCACUGGGUCUGUGUCUACAUCUGCUUCUGCUCCUGCCUUUACUUCUCCCUCAAGCACCACUACGCCUCCACCCAGUCAGGCUGCGAGCGACAUCUCCUCAGUCACCACCACAUACACCAGCGGCAAGUACGUGGUCGAAAUGGUCCUUGUGGAGACAGUGGAGACAGUUACUGCAACUACGGCGCCAGUCCUUACUCAGACAGUCGUGGUCCCUGACCGACGUAAAACAGUCAGCAGAAAGGAUAGGAGAAAGAGACAUAUUCACCAUCAUGUCCACAACCACGACCACUUCUGA